GUCUUUAUGAAACCUUCAGUUCCACGAUACCUUCUGGACGUAAACAAUGACAGUCCUUUUUGUCCUCAUUCCCUGGAUCCUCCUCUCUUUGGAGACAGACCCUGGACAUGCAGUCUCCUCUGUUGAUCACUUCGUCUUAGAAGGAGGACAGAUUCAUCUUACUGUGGAGGGACACCAGCAGCUGCAGUUCAGAAGAUUUUCUUGGAAGUUCAAUUCAACAGUCAUACUGGAGUACACAAAUUUGACUAUGCAUGAGGAAUAUUUGUCAUACUAUAAACAAGCAAAGAUGAAAUUUAAUUCCACAGACCUUUCUCUGUUCAUUAAGAACGUGGAGGAGUCUGAAAUGGGCAUCUAUACUGCUGUCAUAGCUAAUGCUGAGGGGAAAGAAAUCGUGGAACACAAGUACAACCUACGUGUGCAAAAGGCUGUUCCCAAACCCACCCUAAAUCUGAAAGAAUUCCACCUGAACUUCACUGAAAGAUUCUGCAACGUGUCAGUGAACUGCUCAGUCGGAGGCAGCUGGGUCUCGUACAGCUGUGAUUGGUUCCAGUGCACAGAGUUAGAAAUGUCCACUUAUUUAGAAGUAAAUAUCACGGUUACCUCUCGCAAUGGAGCUGUUGUCUGUAUGGGCAGCAAUCGUGUCAGCAAUGCCUCCGAGUCAAAACCAGUGGAGCUUGCGUGUAAGGAUUUCCCUUCAAUAUUUUAUUGUAUUAUUUAAAAUAGU